CUACUUCAAAAGUGUUUUCCUUUGACUUUGCCUGAUCACAAGAGAAACCAACAAUGAUGGUGAUGUCCGAUAUUCCGCAGGAUUUGAUAGAGGAAAUACUCUCUAGGGUUCCAGCCGCAUCUUUGAAACGACUACGAUCCACUUGCAAACGAUGGAACCAUUUAUUCAAAGAUCAAAGAUUCACGGAGAAGCACUUUCGUAAUGCUCCAAAGCAGUCUCGGAUUCUCAUAUCAAACGACUAUAGGAUUUGUUCAGUGAAUGUCAAUCUCAACGUUGCUCCUCCACCUAUAGAAUUUAAGGAUUUCCAUCCUUGUUCCCACCAGCAAAUCCAUGUAGUCGAGGUUUUUCACUGCGAUGGUUUGUUGUUAUGCACCAUUUGGAAGGACAACAAGUACAGACUCAUGGUUUGGAAUCCGUGUUCAGGGGAAACUAGGUGGAUCCAAACCACAACUUAUAGCAAGAGCUUCUCUACGCGUAGCCUUGCUCUAGGAUACCAAAACAACAAAUCCUUCCGUAGCUACAAAAUCUUAAGCUGUUGGUCGACUAGUUACAGCCUAAUCCAGGGAGAUGCUGGUUUCAAAAUUUAUGACCUCAGCUCUGAUUAUUGGAGGGUUUUGGAUGAUGACUUGGCUCUCCGCGGCUCUACAAUACCAAAUCGUGGUGUGUCAUGCAAGGGAAAUGCUUAUUGGCUUGUCACGGAAAACACAGGUGGUUUGCUUGGUUUUGAUUUUACGAGAAACAGUUUUAUACGUUUUUGUCUUCCGCCAAUUCCGAAUCCUUGCGAUAUGAUUCUAUCAGUUGUGAGAGAAGAAAAACUCUCAUUGUUAUAUUGGUCCCUUCGUGUAUCAUACAUGGAGGUGUGGAUGACCAAUGAAAUUGAUGGUACUCAAGCUGCUUUGUGGAGCAAAUCAUUUACAGUGAAAAAUCCUAAUAAUUUGAUUCCGUGCUUUAUGAGUUUCUUAGUUGACGAGGAGAAGAAACUGGUCUUGGGUUGUAAUUCGGCUUUCGGAGGAGAUCAUAUCAAGAAACUGUACACUACUGGAGAGGACAGUGGAUAUUCCACAGAAAUCCCUUCUGUAGGAUCCAAACACAAAACAUUGUCUCCAUUUAUUUUCAGUUAUGUUCCAAGUUUGGUCCAAAUCCAGCAAGGUGGGAGCAAUGAAACUAAUAAUACUAGUUGAUAGGAACUUCCAUCUACUUUUUUAUUUGUUUUUGUUUGGAACAAUAUAUAAUGAAACUGAUCUAUUAUUUUUACCCCUUUUUUGCUGCACCACCUGUAAGUUUGUUACCUUAUUAUUCCUAUGUUCUUUGUGCUGUGUGUUUGAUUUUAUUCGAGGGCUUUUGAUAAGAAAGCUAAAAAUAAGUAAGCAGCCAACUGAGCCAACAAUGGCAAUGUUCCAACAUGGUUCUCUCGUUCACUUCCAAGGACGGAGUCACUCUGCACGUGGACAGUCAGUUAUAGAAUGUCCAGAAGUAUUAGAUUCUUGCAAGUGAUUGCCACAUAAAUCACUUGUAUAGUUGUAUUGUACCAAGUUACAUUCUAGAUUUGAUUAUCCCCUUGCGCUAUGUAAUUAACAUACAUAUAAAAAUGAUUAAAUUAGGGCUCCCCCAGGAUUUUGGCUUGCAGCAAAACAGCUUUUUGCCAGUACGGUGCUAGGAAUUUGGAUUUGUGCAACAUGAUAGCGUCCAAUAACAUUCGCCAAGAAUUACGAAGGAGGCAUAGGUGGCUUGAAUCUAAUGAUGGAUUCUGGUAUUAGAGCUGAUAAGAUUUCAGUGACCUGAUUGAUAUGUAUAUGAAGUGUCACAUGCAAGAUAGGGCGCUUUAGUAUCUUUGUUCGGAUGUCAAACAACGUGAAACUCGACAGCCGCUGGCUAUAUAUAUGAGAAGAUGAGGUCUAUUUAUCCUGGAAACAAACAAAACCAUCUCCAGAAAAAAAUAUUGUUUUACUACCAACAUAAAAUCAAUUGGUGAUAACUUGAUUGGUUCGAGUCUUUUAUGUACUCCAUCCGUUUCAAUAUAUAUAAUGUUUUAGAAAGUUUGUUUUGUUUCAAUUUACAUGAAGUUUUGAGAUUUUAAGGUUAACUUUAAUUUUAUUGGAAUCUGUUCAACCAAUUAGAUUUUACAGUCUUUUUUAUAAUUGGUUAACUGAAUUUAAAAUUAUAUCUUUAAAAUAUUUUUCUAGAGAAAUAUAAUUUUCUUAAUCUUUGUGCAUUAUUACAAAACAUCAAGUAUUAUGAAACAGAGGGAGUAUUACUUAAAUAUUUCCAACUUUGAAUGUAAGAUUGUGUUCCUAAUAUAAUCUGCACUUUUGUGCAAGCAAGCAUGUUAGACCCAUGAGUCACCCUGAAAUGCGCAAAUAGAGGCAGUGCUCAACGAUGUUAGCCGAGGAGCAAGUGAGUUAGGCCAUGUACCUGAUCUUGGUAAUGCUCUUAUGGAUGUAGAUGAAGAAUAGUAGAGAUUUUUGUUCAAAAAAAAAAAAAAAAAGAAAAGUAGAGAUUAAUGCCUAGUAGACACAGCGAGAAACUUGCAAUGGCAUUUGGCUAGCAAGGCACAUCAAUCCGACUAGUCGAGAACCUCAGAGUAUUUAUGCUCUGUUUGUCAUUUAUUUGCAAAAUUUAGCAUCAAAAGUUUAUAACCGAGAAUUUGUACAAAGAACAACAACAGGUUUCAUUUCUUUACUCAAAGGUAAGUGUU